AUGGACCCCCAAUUGCUCAAAGCUGUCUCCAAUGGCGACGCAGACCUCUUAGCACAAAUCCUAUCCACGACAACAAUAGCUGAGGAGAGCCGCUGCGCAUGCCUAGAAGGCGUCACAGCGGAGGGCAGCUCUGCGCUCCAUAUCGCAGCCCGCCAUGGGUACCUGAAGCUCGUCGAGAUGAUCUGUGAUCAGGACAUAUCACUCAUCAAGGCAAGGAACAAUCUGCUCGACACGCCUCUGAUCUGCGCGGCAAGGGCUGGGCAUGUGGAUGUGGUGGAUUGCCUCAUCCAGCUUGCUUCCACCCAGCGAGAUACUGAGUAUGUACUGAGGGCAUGGAACUCCAGUGGCGCGACGGCGGUCCAUGAGGCUGUUAGGAAUGGCCAUGCAUCCGUAUUGGGGAAGCUCGUGUCGGGGGACGCAAGGCUUUCCGCGGCGGUUGAUGGGCAAGGUGUCUCCCCGCUCUACAUGGCGGUUGUGUCCAACCAGGCUGACAUGGUUGACAUCUUGAUACGUGAAUCUCGUGAAGGUAGUGUGAAAUCGCCGGCGAGCUACGCUGGACCAGAUGGACAAGCAGCACUGCAUGCUGCGGUUUUUGCUGGAAACGCAGCAUCUGGGAAGACCAGAGUGGUCAAACUUUUACUGGUCAACAGCUUGCAUGCUUACAUUCCAGAUGAUGAUGGUCUCUAUCCUGUGCACUAUGCUGCUAUAGCUGGCAACUCAGAAAUUAUCCGCGAGAUCAUGGAGAUAUGCCCAAGCUGCGAUGAGUUGGUUGACAAGAAACAUAGAAGUAUUUUGCAUUGCGCCAUUGAAUUCAAUAGGGCUAAGUUCAUGAAUAUGUACAUGGAAUUGUCUUUAUUACUCUGUGAAGCUUAUUCGAUUCCAUCCAGGGUGGCUAGAAGUCUGAGUUAUAAUCAUUGCUUGGAAGAUGACAAGGAAUCUAGCAGAUACUCCGAUAUGUCCCAGAGCAUGCUAUGUCUCUCCGUGUUUAUUGCAGCUGGUUCAUUCGCUGCUGCUUUCACUCCACCUGGCAACUACAUUAUAAAAGAUGAGAAUGCGGCCAUGGGACUGUUUGAUGACGAGUCUCCUUUCCUGAGUUAUGUUGACGCAAAUAGCGUGUCAUUUUGUCUCUCUGCAAUUGCUACAUGCCAGCUUAUGCAUGCCAGUCUAGCAACUACACCCAUAAGGCAACGCCGCUAUUACCUCCAGCUCUCUGCUGUCAUGCUAGCAUUGGACCCUCAAAAGAGCCGGAGAGAAUGCCUUCUCUUUUAG